CGCAGUUCCGUUUUCGAAAAAACAUUUCCCUCUCUCGCAUUCAUAACUCACAAUUAAUCACAUUCCAAUUCCGUCAAUCAAACCCAGAAAACGGUGUCGUAAUCGUAACGCCACCACAUUUCUCUCUCUCUCUCUCUCUCUCUAGGGUGUUGCUCGUCGCCUUUCUCCUCCAAUUCUCAGGUGCUGCUACUACUCGAAUCUUGAAAACGACGCCGCUUCUAUCCUAACGUUUCGUCAGUCACCAUGACCACGAAGCCCUCGUCCGUCUCUCCCUCCCGCACCACCUGCGCUUCUCUCCUACGCGAAUUGCAGAUAAUUUGGGAUGAAAUUGGGGAGAGUGACGAUCAGAGGGACAAGAUGCUUCUACAGCUUGAGCAAGAGUGUCUCGAUAUUUACCGGAGGAAGGUGGAAAUGACCAGGAAGCACAGUGCCGAAUUGCACCAGUACUUAGCGGACAGCAAAGCCCAGAUCAAGGCCAUUGCUUUGGCCCUUGGAGAAGUUGACUCCUUUUCUUGCGGAAGAGGGACUCUCAAAGAUCAAUUGUCUACCCUCAAACCUGUUCUGGACGAAUUGAUCUUGAAGAAGGAGAAAAGGGUCAAGGAGUUUUCAGCAGUUCUGUCCCAGAUUGCAAGGAUUUCGGCUGAAAUAGCCGGGGCUGGCGUGUCUGGGAAUGUGGAUGAUCCAGGACUUGAUGAGCGCGAUUUGAGUGUGAAGAGGUUGCGGGACCUUCAGUCACAACUUGAGGAGCUUCAAAGAGAGAAGGUUUUGCGUCUAGAGAGAGUAAGUGCUAAUGUAAACAUCAUCCAUGAACUCUCGGUUGUAAUGUCAAUUGAUUUCUGUAAGACAAUCAACAAAGUUCACCCAAGCUUGACGGAUCAUUCCUCCGCUCAGUCCAAGAGCAUCAGUAAUGAUACUCUUGCCAGAUUGACGACUUUGACUGAUUCAUUAAAGCAAGAGAAACAACAAAGACUGCAAAAGCUAAAAUAUCUUGGGAGCAAACUGAUAGAACUAUGGAAUCUGAUUGAGACACCAAUUGAUGAACAGAAAAGAUUUGACCAUGUUACGAGCAUAAUUUCUUCCUCAGUUGAUGAGGUGUCUAGGCAAGGAUGCCUUUCCCUAGAUGUCAUUGAACAGACUGAGGUUGAAGUUGAGAGGUUGAAUGUUUUGAAAGCCAGCAAGAUGAAGGAGUUGGUACUCAAGAGGCAAAGUGAGCUGGAAGAAAUUUACAGAGGGGUCCACAUGGAUGUAGAUAGUGAUUCAGCUAGAGAGAUCCUCAGCAGUCUCAUAGAUUCUGGUAGUGUGAGUUUGUCUGAUCUGCUUUCAAGCAUGGAUGAUCAGAUUCUAAGGGCCAAAGAGCAAGCUUUAAGCAGGAAGGAUAUUUUGGACAAGGUAGAGAAGUGCAAGUUUGCAUCUGACGAGGAAAAGUGGCUUGAUGAGUAUGAAAAGGAUGAAAAUCGCUACAGCGCAGGAAGAGGAGCACACAAAAAUUUAAAGCGUGCUGAGAAAGCCCGGAUUCUGGCUGGAAAAAUACCAUCUAUCAUCGAAAAUUUGACUGCCAAAGUUAAAGCCUGGGAGAUUGAGAAAGGAAUCCCUUUCUUAUAUGACAAGGUUCCCUUGUUACAUACGUUGGAGGAGUACACUGCACAACGACAGGAGAGAGAGGAGGAGAAGCGUAAAUCUCGGGAGCAAAAACGGCUUCAAGAACAACAUAAUGCAGAACAGGAGGCAAUCUUUGGUUCAAGGCCUUCUACAAAGAAGCCGUUGGGACAGAGCACAAGUGGUAACACCAUGGUUGGCACACCAAUCAAUCGCCGCACACCUUUAGGCCGUCAUGGAGUCUCAGCUGGAAAGGAACGCAAGGAAAGCGGAAGGGCACAUAACGUAACGCCCAUUAACUACGUUGCUCUUCCCAAGGAUGAUUCAGUAUCUCGGAGAAACUGAAGAGCACAUAUCUUGCUUUUUAAUAGCUUGUAAAUGAUUUUUUCUUUUCUUCCAUUCACUACAUGUCGACAAUGUUAUCGAAAGGAUCUUGAAUAUAGUGUCAUUGUUCUU